AUGGCCACGGAGGUCGGCAGCGGGGGAGAGCCAGAUGAGAGGCUAAAUGUGGCACUUGGACAGUAUGAAGCAGAUGAGGUUUUCCGAGCUACUGCUGAGCUGACAGAUGCCUGUGGUGGUGAUGGCAUGUCAGGAUCCAGGACACGGGACCAAAGCUGGUCAAUUCGUAUAAGAGAGUAUGAUAAACACUCAGAAGAAAUGAGAGAACAGCUGCAGCUUUAUCAGGAACAAAUGAAUGAGAUGAGACUAAAAUUUGAACAGGUCACCAAGGAAAAUGAAAGGCUGCACAUGGAGUUGAAAAAGACUGUUGAGAAGCAGCUGGAAGCUCUUCCUUUCAUGCCACUCAGAACUGAUAUUCCUGCAGAUGAAGCAGUAGUUAGAAACCUUCAAGAACAACUAGAACUGAUGAAGCAAGAAAAAGAACAAGCAAUAGAGCUCUGGCAGACUGCAUUACAGGAGCUUGAUCAACUCCAGCAGCAGCAGCACCAGGAACGCAUGACUGAAACACAGAUUCAUGUGGCUGAAAGGCAAAAGCAGAAAGAUCGACAGACUGACCUUGAACAGAUGGCUCAGCAACUGCAAAUAACCAAAGAGGAACUGCAAUUGACCAAGCAACAGCUUCUGAAAGCUGUAACAGAAUACAGCGUGGAACUAGAGCAGCUACGAAAACAACUGAGGCAAGCCAAAAGAGAUGGGCAGACAGCAAAUGCUAAGGUUGAUGAAAUGACCAGAUUGACAGAGAAGCUUCAAGACCAGUUGGAAACAAAGGAAGAAGAAAUGAUAUCUGCCCAGCAAAGAGAAGUAACAUCUGAGAAACGCGUGCAGCAAUUGCAGUCUAGUAUAAAACAAUUAGAAACAAGAUUACGUGUUACUGUCCAAGAUGCUGAACAGCUGACAACAGAAAGAACAGCCCUGGAGAAACAAAUCGGAGAGCUUCACACAAAGUAUGCUAAUCUAGAAAGGGAGAAGUAUGAUGCUGUUGCAAAAGUCCAAGAUUGUAUACAGCUCUUAGAAGAAGCUAACCUACAAAAAAGUCAGGCACUGUUUGGGGAGAAACAAAAGGAAGAGGAAAUACAAAAAAUGAAAGAUGAAAUGUCUCAACUUGCAGAAGAUACUGCUGCAAAAAUAAGAAAGGCAGUAGAGUCUGCAAAGAAGCCAUAUAAUGUGCAGAUUACUCGACUAGCAGAAGAACUUGCAGCUCUUCAGAUGGAAUGUGGAGAAAAACAAGUUCAAAUUGAACGAGCCAUUAGAGAAAAGAGAGCAGUGGAAGAAGAACUUGAAAAGAUUUAUAAGGAAGACAGAGGACGUGAAUCUGACAGUAGAAAACUAGAACAACUGCAUCAGAAAUAUUUACUUGCAGAAGCUACAAAAGAUGACCUUCAGCUAAGUCUACAGGCAACACAAAAUAAACUGAAACAACUGGAAAUGAACUCAGAGGAAGAGAAAUCUCGUUGCCAGGAAGUUAUCUGUAAGUUGCAAAGCAAUCUGGAUUCAGAAAGAGAGAAGAGUGCCUUUGUCAGUGAACAAAGGCUAAAACUUCAGCAAGAGAAUGAACAACUGCAAGAAGAAAUGAAGGGCUUGAGAAAACUGGCCAUAGAGGCUCAAACAAAAGCUAAAAUAAAGAUAAGCACAAUGGAGCAUGAGCAUGCUGUGAAAGAACAUGGAUUUGAAGCGCGACUUAAGGAAAUGGAAGACACCAGUCAAAAGUCUACUGCUGAACUUAGACAUCUGUUAGUAGCUCAGCAAAAAGCAACAAAUCGGUGGAAGGAAGAAACAAAAAAUCUUACUGAAACUGCAGAAGCCAGGAUCAGUAAGCUAAAGUAA